GAAACGACCUAGUCGAGGCUUCUCUUCUGCAGAGUCGGGGGCUCCGUUGCGUUCAGGGCGCAAGCUGGGACCGCGAAGCCCGCAGAAAGAAAGCAAUAUACAGGCAAAUAGCUUUCUCCGCCCCCGCCCCCCCAUCUCUCUUUUGUUUUUGUGACUAGCUUGCCCGCUCCUUUGCUCAUGUGAUGCACUCGCUCACCAAAGAGAUCAGAGCCUUCUCCAGGACUAAUUUAAGAAAACAAUGCACCCGAGUCACCACCUUAUCCGGGAAGAGAAUUAUAGAGACGUGGAAGGACGCCCGAAUGCAGGUGGUGGAAGCGGCGGAUCUUAACGACGGAGACGCCUGUGGUUAUGUGCAAGACUUGAGGUUGGAUCUGCAAGUGGGCGUCAUUAAACCGUGGCUCUUGCUGGGAUCACAGGAUGCCGCCCAUGACCUAGAGACUGUGAAAAAAUACAGGGUUACCCACAUUCUAAAUGUUGCCUAUGGAGUUGAAAAUGCUUUCCCCGAUGACUUAACAUACAGGAGCAUUCCUAUCCUCGAUUUGCCCGAGACUGAAAUUUUGUCUUAUUUUCCUGAAUGCUUUGAAUUUAUUGAGCAAGUCAAGUUAAAGGAUGGUGUGGUGCUUGUUCACUGUAAUGCAGGAGUUUCUCGAGCGGCAGCAAUUGUCAUUGGUUUCCUCAUGCAUUCAGAAGGACUCAGUUUUUCUCAGGCUUUUUCUUUGGUGAAAAAUGCCAGACCGGCCAUUUGUCCAAAUUCAGGUUUCAUGGAGCAACUUCACAAAUACCAACAGUGCAAUAAUAAAGCAAAUGGAACUUUAAAUAAUAUUUGAAUGUUAACAGGGGAAUAAUGAAAGAUGGAAUGAACAGAACACCUUUGGUUGCAAAGUCAUGCAUGGGACAUGCCCAGAAUUACCCUUUGAAGCUGUCCUUGAGGAGUUAAUUUUUGUACACACAUACAUUAUUUUAAAUUAAUUAAUUUAAUUAAUUUCCCCUCAUCUAAUUCUUCUCUCUGUGUUUCUCUUUUUUAAACAUUUUCACAGUAAUGGGUAUAGCAAUAACGAAUCAGCUUGGAUUUGCAGUAACGUGUUGGUUUGGUAGUUGCUGUGUUGCAUGCAGCAGUGCUCUACUGAUACAUGUUUGUUUAGGAUCACAGACUGAGUUAAACCUGUUCAGGAAUAUCUUCUGUGCAGGAGGCAAAAUUAUUUCCUAACAGGCCUUCAUUUUCUUCAGGAAUUUACUGAAAGGGUUUGCUUUUCCCAAGUAUCAGGGGCAGGGAGACUGGCUCUCUAGAUGAAUUAAAAUACCAGAAAUACAAGUUUUCUACUGAAAGUUGCCGGUAGGUACUAGAAAAGAAAUAUAAACCCAUUACUCCAAUAUCACAUGACAUUCAAUGUGUAUCGACUUUUCAUGAUUGUAAAAAUCUAGAUAAUAAAACAUUCUUAUUAAAAACCUAUCUUUUAUAUUUGAAAUCAGUCAGUAACAUUUAUAAUUUUCUAACAUUUUUUUUCCUGGCCCUGCAUAGGACUUUAUUUUAUAAACUGGUCCUUUGUAUGAUAAUAGCAGAAGGUCCUCAGUGAAACAAAAGCCAAAUUUGACCACUUUAAUAAGUGUGUUUAUUUUUAAACAUCAGUAGCAUUAGAUCUUUACAAAGCCCAGGAUGCAGUGUGGAGACAAUAAUAACACUGAUUUUGUUCACUGCUCUGAGUGUGGCACUAAUCUAGAAGUAUAUAAGCACAUGGUUAUUAUUAUAAUGUUGCCCUUAGCAACACAGCCCUUAAAGUCUGUGUAAGCUGAAAAGCCAUGCAGUGUGUUCUAGGCAAAGUGUUCUAGUCAAUGAUAAGACAUCAUAGAACUGAAUGUGGAUAUGAUACAAUUAUAGAUUGGUUUCUGUAUUAUUGUUGCUAGCAUGUAUUAUAUAAAGUUUGAUCCUUGCUAGCAAUUUCAAAAUAUUAUAAUUUUCAAUUAAAAUACACGGGCAACAUUUCAAUAAAAAUAUUUUAA